AUGGCUUUCCCAAAUGAGAAAUGGAUUCUAUUGAGGGACUUUAAUACCCCAUUAUCUAGUCUAGAAAAGGCUGGUGGGAUGCCUACUUCGAAUGAAAGUAAGCAGUACUUGGUAGAUAUGAUUAAUUCUCUAGGUUUGUUAGACCUUGAUCUCCUUGGGGCUAAAUUCACUUGGUCCAACAUAAGAAGCGAGGGGGACCUCAUCCAAGUUAGACUGGACAAAGGUAUUAUUUCUCUUGAGUGGAUUCAUGAUGCUUCUUGUAGAUUAAAUGCAUUAUCCAGAAUUGGAUCUGAUCAUCUCUUGAUUGGUCUAAUUAUAUCCCCUUUGACUGGGAGGAAGGCCUUCCCGUUCAAGUUUGAGAAGAUGUGGCUUUUAGCCUUGGAUAUUCAUGACAAUAUUUCUAAAUGGUGGAAUGUUGACACUCAGAGAACUAUGAUUUUUAGAUUGGCUAAGAAACUAGCCAAUGUCAGGUCCAAUAUCCAACUCUGGAAUAAAGCAUCCUUUGGCAAUAUUUUUCAAAUAAAAGAGAAGCUCAAGAAAGAUUUGGAUGAUGUCCAGUCUCAGAUUCAAGAUGUGGGGUAUGAUCCUGUGGUUAUGGACAAAUAA